UAAACCAAAAGCUAAGUACCAAAGCCAUACCGGCGCUUAACCGGCUUAACCAGAAAUAUAGCUCUGUGACACCAAAAAAAGAAGGAAACCUCUCUCUCUCUCUCUCUCUCUCUCUCUCUCUCUCUCUCUCUCUCUGUGGCGUACUGGUGGCGGUAUCGGUGGCUAAAAGCCAAAGAGCGGAGGGAUUUGGCGUUGAGCCUUUUCAAAGAUCUGAGACCUUUUCGGCUGUUGGAUUUCUAUCGUGCUUCAUUUUGUGCUGUCUGUGGAAAGAUUCAUCAAAAGGAAAAGUCCAAAUCUAGUUCCAGUUCCGGGGAAAAGAAACUUCUCGCCAAGCGGUACAUUGAAAUGGCAAGCUCAUUAAGGCUGUAUCUGGCAUGCAUAAGGAAUACACUUGAGGCAGCCAUGUGCUUACAGAACUUUCCUUGUCAAGAAGUUGAAAGGCACAAUAAACCGGAGGUUGAACUAAAGACCAGCCCAGAACUUCUGCUAAAUCCCGUUUUGAUAUGUCGGAAUGAGGCUGAGAAAUGCUUGAUUGAAACCUCUAUAAAUUCACUCCGUAUAAGCCUCAAGGUGAAGCAAGCGGAUGAGCUCGAAAACAUUCUAACAAAGAAGUUCCUCAGAUUUUUGUCCAUGAGGGCAGAAGCUUUUCAAGUAUUACGGAGGAAACCGGUGCAGGGCUAUGACAUUAGCUUUCUUAUAACAAACUACCACUGCGAGGAGAUGCAGAAGCAGAAGCUGAUUGAUUUCAUCGUUCGGUUUAUGGAGGAUAUAGACAAAGAGAUAAGCGAGUUGAAGAUGUCGGUGAACACAAGAGGAAGACUCGUGGCUACUGAGUUUCUGAAACAGUUCAUCUAAUGAAAAGAUGGACUUUAGUAUGUAAUGAAAAAAAACCAUAUUGUGUAACCCACCUCUUUUUUUUUUUUGGUAGUCUCCCACUUCAUGGUCUUUUAAGUUUAGAUACAUUGUAGUCGAUUGCAAGAUUCAUCUAUUAUGUUUAGUAGGGUUGGUCGUUUGGUUACUAACCGAAUAA